CUGCUCGUUGAGUGAAGAAAAUCCGCCGGCAUCGCCUGAGCCCCGCUACCGAGAAGGGCGCCGCUUCCCCCGGGGAGGGGGAUAAAGACCCCCCGCCGCCGGCCCAUGAGGAUAUUGCCGUGAAAGGCUCAGCGGCUGCAGCAGGAACCGGACCCGGCACCGGAGCGGCGGCGGCGGCGGCGGCGGCAGCGGCAGCAGCAGCAGCAGCGGUACCGCCUCCUCACCCGGCGGCGGCAGCAGCGGCGGCGGCGGCGGCAGCAGCGGCCCCUCCUCACCCGAACAUCAGGGCCCUCCAGACCCAGGCGCCCCAACAAAUUCCUAGAGGACCUGUGCCACAGCCUCUUGAGGACCGAAUCUUCACUCCUACUGUCUCAGCAGUCUACAGCACGGUAACACAAGUAGCAAGACAGCCGGGACCCCCAACCCCUUCCCCUUAUUCAGCACAUGAAAUAAACAAGGGGCAUCCAAAUCUUGCGGCAACGCCCCCGGGACAUGCAUCGUCCCCUGGACUCUCUCAAACCCCUUAUCCCUCUGGACAGAAUGCAGGUCCAACCACGUUGGUAUACCCUCAAGCCCCUCAGACAAUGAAUUCACAACCUCAAACCCGUUCUCCGUUUUUCCAGAGGCCUCAAAUUCAGCCUCCUCGAGCUACCAUCCCAAACAGCAGUCCUUCCAUUCGUCCUGGUGCACAGACACCCACUGCAGUGUACCAGACCAAUCAGCACAUCAUGAUGGUUAACCAUCUGCCUAUGCCGUACCCAGUACCCCAGGGUCCUCAGUACUGCAUACCACAGUACCGUCAUAGUGGCCCCCCUUAUGUUGGGCCUCCACAACAAUAUCCAGUUCAGCCACCGGGACCGGGUCCUUUUUAUCCUGGACCAGGACCUGGGGACUUCCCUAAUGCUUAUGGAACGCCUUUUUAUCCAAGUCAGCCAGUUUAUCAGUCAGCACCUAUCAUAGUGCCUACACAGCAACAGCCCCCUCCAGCCAAGAGAGAGAAAAAAACUAUAAGAAUUCGAGAUCCAAACCAGGGAGGUAAAGACAUAACUGAAGAGAUUAUGUCUGGAGGUGGAAGCAGAAAUCCUACUCCACCUAUAGGGAGACCCACUUCCACACCCACUCCUCCUCAGCUGCCCAGCCAAGUCCCUGAGCACAGCCCUGUGGUUUAUGGGACUGUGGACAACGCUCAUCUUGCUGCCAGCACCCCUGUCACUGCAGCUAGCGACCAGAAGCAAGAAGAGAAGCCAAAACCAGAUCCAGUGUUAAAGUCUCCUUCCCCAGUCCUUAGGCUAGUCCUUAGUGGGGAGAAGAAAGAACAUGCAGGCCAGACAGCUGAGGCUACCACCAUAGAAUCCAUACCAGAGCAUCCUCUGCCUCCAUCACCUACCACCGUUUCUUCAGUUGCUCGAAGUACAGUUGCUUCCCCCACUUCCGCUGCUCUUAGUAGCCAACCAAUAUUCACCACUUCUUUAGAUGACAGAUGUGAACUCUCUUCCUCAAAAGAAGAUACAGUUCCCACACCCAGCCCUAUAUCCUGCACAGAAACAUCAGACCCUUCACCAACAGAUGAAAUUGACAGUAAUAUAUGCAAGAAACCCUGUAGUGUAGCAUCUAAUGAUAUGUCACUGAUUUCUAGUGCUAACCUAAUUAAUGAGAUGAAUGGAAUUAGUGAAAAAUUACCAGCCACAGAAAGCAUUGUGGAAAUAGUAAAACAGGAAGUAUUGCCAUUGACUCUUGAAUUGGAGAUUCUGGAAAAUCCCCCAGAAGAAAUGAAAGUGGAGUGUAUUUCAACUCCCAUCACCCCUUCCACAGUUCCUUCCUUUUCUCCAGCUCCUCCAACUCCUCCAGCUUCUCCCCCUCCACUUCCAGUCAUUGUUCCUGCUGCUGCCUCUACUGUGACUACUCAAAGUGCUCCCACUGCAGUACAGAGAGUCUUCGAAGAGGAAGAAAGUGUAAGAACUUGUCCUAGUGAAGAUUCAAAAGAAAUUCAAAACAAAGUAGAGGUAGAAGCAGAUGGGCAAACAGAAGAGAAUACAGAUUCUCAGAACUUAAAUUCAAGAAAGAGUCCUACCCCAGCUCAAACUGUCAUGACUACACCAAAGACAUGGAAGAAACCAAAAGAUCGGACCCGAACCACUGAUGAGUUGUUGGAGGCAGAAUUGGAGCCUAAAGCUGAAGAGCUUUCAAUUGACAGAGUACUUGAAUCUGAACAAGAAAAAAUGAGCCAAGGGUUUCAUCCUGAGAAAGACCCCUCUGACCUAAAAAAAGUGAAAGGUUUAGAAGAAAAUGGAGAAGAAGCUGAGCCUUUGCGUAAUGGUGCUGAGAGUGUUUCUGAGGGUGAAGGAGUAGAUGCUAAUUCAGGCUCCACCGAUAGUUCUGGCGAUGGGAUCACAUUCCCAUUUAAACCAGAAUCCUGGAAGCCUUCUGAUACUGAGGGCAAGAAGCAGUAUGACAGGGAGUUUCUGCUGGACUUCCAGUUCAUGCCAGCCUGUAUACAGAAACCAGAGGGCCUGCCACCCAUCAGUGAUGUGGUUCUUGACAAGAUCAACCAACCCAAAUUGCCAAUGCGAACUCUGGAUCCUCGGAUUUUACCACGGGGACCAGAUUUUACUCCAGCCUUUGCAGAUUUUGGAAGGCAGCCACCUGGUGGAAGAGGUGUACCUAUUUGCAAAGUGCAGAGCAGGCACGGAUUGCCAAUUCUGGAACAGAGCAAAGCCCCAAGUUGCACUCCACUGGCGAUUGCACACCCACCCCUGAAGAGCCUGCCUCUAGGGUUGUUGAACGUUGGGCCACGGAGGUCUCAACCUGGACAGAGAAGGGAGCCCAGAAAGAUCAUCACCGUUUCUGUAAAAGAAGAUGUGCACUUAAAAAAGGCAGAGAAUGCCUGGAAGCCCAGCCAGAAACGAGAUAGCCAUGCUGAGGAUCCUGAAAACAUCAAAACCCAGGAACUUUUUAGAAAAGUUCGAAGUAUCUUAAAUAAAUUGACACCACAGAUGUUCAACCAACUGAUGAAGCAAGUGUCAGGACUAACUGUUGACACAGAGGAGCGGCUAAAAGGAGUCAUUGACCUGGUCUUUGAGAAGGCUAUUGAUGAACCCAGUUUCUCUGUGGCUUACGCAAACAUGUGUCGAUGUCUAGUAACGCUGAAAGUACCCAUGGCAGACAAGCCUGGCAACACAGUAAAUUUCCGGAAGCUGCUACUAAACCGCUGCCAGAAGGAGUUUGAAAAGGAUAAAGCAGACGAUGAUGUCUUUGAGAAGAAGCAGAAAGAACUGGAAGCUGCCAGUGCUCCAGAAGAGAAGACGAGGCUUCAUGAUGAACUAGAAGAAGCCAAGGACAAAGCCCGACGGAGAUCUAUUGGUAACAUCAAAUUUAUUGGAGAACUGUUUAAACUCAAAAUGCUCACCGAAGCCAUCAUGCAUGACUGUGUGGUGAAACUGCUCAAGAACCAUGAUGAAGAAUCCCUGGAGUGCCUGUGUCGCCUACUCACCACUAUCGGCAAAGACCUAGACUUUGAGAAAGCGAAGCCGCGUAUGGACCAGUACUUUAAUCAGAUGGAGAAAAUUGUAAAAGAAAGAAAAACCUCAUCUAGGAUUCGAUUCAUGCUGCAAGAUGUGAUAGACCUACGGCUGUGUAAUUGGGUAUCUCGAAGAGCAGAUCAAGGACCUAAAACUAUUGAACAGAUUCACAAAGAGGCCAAAAUAGAAGAACAAGAAGAGCAGAGGAAGGUCCAACAGCUCAUGACCAAAGAAAAGAGAAGACCAGGUGUUCAGAGAGUGGAUGAAGGUGGGUGGAACACGGUACAAGGGGCCAAGAACAGUCGAGUACUUGACCCCUCAAAAUUCCUGAAAAUUACUAAGCCCACAAUUGAUGAGAAAAUUCAGCUGGUACCUAAGGCUCAGCUGGGCAGCUGGGGAAAAGGCAGCAGCGGUGGAGCAAAGGCAAGCGAGACAGAUGCCUUACGGUCAAGUGCUUCCAGUUUAAACAGAUUCUCUGCUCUGCAACCUCCAGCCCCAUCAGGGUCCACAUCAAACACAUCUUUAGAGUUUGAUUCCCGAAGGGCUUUAACCAGUCGUGGAAGCAUGGGCAGGGAGAAGAAUGAUAAGCCCCUGCCACCUGCAACAGCUCGUCCAAACACAUUCAUGAGGGGCGGCAGCAGUAAAGACCUGUUAGACAAUCAGUCUCAGGAAGAGCAGCGGAGGGAGAUGCUGGAGACCGUGAAGCAGCUAACAGGAGGCGUGGACCUGGAGAGAAACAGCACCGAGGCCGACCGAAACAGAACCAGGGAGUCAGCAGUGAAACCAGAAAUGUCAACAGUGUCAGCCCCUGACAGGCCUGUAUUGUCAGAAGAGGAGAUGGAGAGAAAGUCCAAAUCUAUCAUUGAUGAAUUUCUACACAUUAAUGAUUUUAAGGAAGCCAUGCAGUGUGUGGAAGAGCUGAGCGCCCAGGGCCUGCUACAUGUUUUCGUGAGAACGGGAGUGGAGUCCACCCUCGAGAGAAGCCAGAUCACCAGGGAUCACAUGGGCCAGUUGCUUUAUCAGCUGGUACAGUCAGAAAAACUCAGCAAGCAGGACUUUUUCAAAGGUUUUUUAGAAACCUUGGAAUUGGCAGAUGACAUGGCCAUUGAUAUUCCCCAUAUUUGGUUAUACCUUGCUGAACUGGUGACCCCCAUGUUAAAAGAAGGUGGAAUCUCUAUGAGAGAAGUUAUCAUAGAAUUUAGCAAACCUUUACUUCCUGUUGGAAGAGCUGGGGUCUUGCUUUCUGAAAUAUUGCACCUUCUAUGCAAACAAAUGAGCCAUAAGAAAGUGGGCGCCUUAUGGAGGGAGGCUGAUCUCAGCUGGAAGGACUUUUUACCUGAAGGGGAAGAUGUACAUAAUUUUCUCUUGGAGCAGAAGUUGGACUUUAUAGAGUCUGACAGUUCCUGUUCCUCUGAAGCACUUUCAAAGAAAGAACUCUCUGCUGAAGAACUCUGUCAGCGCCUUGAGAAACUCAUUAUUGAGGACAAAGCAAAUGAUGAACAGAUCUUUGACUGGGUAGAGGCUAAUCUAGAUGAAAACCAGAUGAGUUCACCUACAUUCCUUAGAGCUUUAAUGACAGCCGUUUGUAAAGCAGCUAUUAUAGCUGACUGUUCUACCUUCAGAGUGGACACUGCUGUUAUCAAGCAGAGAGUGCCGAUUUUACUCAAGUACCUAGACUCAGAUACAGAGAAGGAACUGCAAGCACUUUAUGCACUACAAGCAUCAAUAGUAAAACUUGAUCAACCUGCCAAUUUGCUACGAAUGUUUUUUGAUUGCCUGUAUGACGAGGAGGUGAUCUCUGAGGAUGCCUUCUACAAAUGGGAGAGCAGCAAGGACCCUGCAGAGCAGAAUGGGAAGGGCGUGGCCCUGAAAUCUGUCACUGCGUUUUUCACAUGGCUGCGGGAAGCAGAAGAGGAGUCUGAGGAUAACUAAAACUUCAAAUACACAAAACGAAACAAAAGAAACAAUUUAAGUAUUUUUUUAAAAAGUUUCACGUCUUCGCCAAUCACAGUGCAGCAAGGCCAAUUCUCGCAGAAAUCCCCACGUGUGCACGAGUGGGAGAGGGGAAAGAGAACAAAGGUGAUCAUGGAGGAAAAAGGUACUGGAAACAAGUAAACUUCCAACCUGAGGGCGGGAGCACUAAAACCAAAAUACAUGUAUUAUUUAUAGAAAAUAUUUUCUGUUUUAAUCUUUUCUUUUUAAACAAGGACUCAUACUUAAAAACACAUUUAGCAAAAAAAAAAAAAAAAAAAAAAAAAAGUUGAACUUUUAAUUUAUUUUAAGGACUGCAAAUGCCAGUGUGUAAUUUUUUAAUUUGCAGUUUCUGUAAACAACUUGUAUAAUAGAAAAGCAGAGAAAUAAAUGUCCCUUCCCUUCAUAUGCACCUCACGUUUGUUUUAAGGCAUAGUAGUUAGUCCAGAUUUGAGAAGGUUUGGGGUAAACAAGGUAAGAAAGAUUUCUCUCUCUCUCUCUGUCUCUUUCUCUUUUUCUUCUUCUUUUUUUUUUUUUUUUUUUUUGGGCAUCAAAUCUUUCUGCCUGCCUCUCAGCUUGCUUCAGAAAAUUAAAAAAAAAAAAAAAAAA